AUGCGUAGGUCGAGCCGCCCUUGGCUCGUUUUUGAGGAUGUCUUCCAGGCUGGUUCGUGUCUACGCCUUCAGCAGUUGACUUACAAAGAAAUCAAUAAUUAUGUUCAAGCCGAAUUGGCAGACGGGGUAUUCCUCUGGAUUGUUCUGGUCGUACGAGAUCGCUUGGAGGGCCUCCGGAAUGAGGAUGGAGUCGGUGGCUUGCAGAGGAGGCUCAAACAGAUACCCAGUGAUCUUGAACAAUACUUUGCGUACACGAUGGGUACGCUGGAUAAGUUCUACUUUGAGCAAUCAGAUCAGCUAUUCCAGACAGCCCUGAAAGCAAAAGAGCUUAUAACGUCACUCAUGACAUACUCCUUCGCCCACGGGGAAGAACUGGAUUGGGCAACCUGGGCUAGUGUCGAGGUGAUAUCUGAGCCUGAGUUCAGAUUUCUGACAGAUACGCAUCUUUUGAACGAUGCCUCAAUAGCUGCUGCAAAGGGCUUUUUGAAGUUCAUCAGGUACCCGGCAACCGUCUCAUUUUCAGUCGUCGGGUAG